AUGCGAGCGGUUCAUCUACUCGUCGUACUCACUAUUUAUAUCACCAACACUAAAAGUUUUAAUAAGGAAAGCAUAAAAGAAUGUGCACAAGUGUUAAGUGAGCAUGUGAAAGAGACGUUUUCAAAAAUAUCACAUGAAACGAUAUUAAAACAAAACUAUGAAAAAUUAGUGGAAGAAGAGCAAUUUGAUCCAAGAGCAGAACUGAAAAGGAGUAAGCAUCGAAUAGAAGAUUAUCUGAAAGUUCGGUCACAAUUUGCAUAUAAAGCAAAAAUCUCUUUGGAGGCGAGAUUCGUGAAAAAUGAUACACAUGUGAAUGAUCCACAAUCCAAAUCAUUCAUUAGAUUCAUGUCGGCUAAACAAGGAAACGAUGGAACAACGAUAUACGAAUCAAAUCAUCUGGGAAGAAAGCUGAAAGUUAACGAGACGAAAAGUUUCAAUUUGACCCAAAAUGCCAACUUCUAUACACUUCCAACGUCCUCUGUCUCUUCUGCUGUCCAUAUUCCAACUCCACUUUAUGAUAGAAAUGAGGAUCUUCUUCGUAAAAUCGACUGGUCUGACAUCGAUGCCGUGUACAGAACAAAUCGAGAAGAAACGAAAGAUCUUGCAUUCCAAUUGUUCUGCUCUGAAGCUGGAUACAUGAGAUAUUACCCAGCUGCUUCCUGGUUUUGGGACAAUCAAGACGAACAUCUGGAUCUUUUCGAUUGUAGAAAUACAGAAUGGUAUAUCAACUCUGCGACCAACUCGAAGAAUGUUCUGAUUAUGUUGGAUAUGUCGGGAUCAAUGCUUGGCCAAAGAUAUGAAGUUGCAAAGCAGACAACUGAAGCGAUUCUUGAAACAUUGUCUCAUAACGACUACUUUAAUAUCAUGACAUUUUCUAAAACCCAGUUUCUCCUUGAUGGUUGUAAUGGUACAAAUGGAUUGCUUCAAGCAACAAUGCGUAAUAAAAAAGCGCUCCGUCGGAAAAUGGACGGGUAUCAGAGUGAAGGAAAAGCCGAUUACGAGAUUGCUCUUCCGUUAGCCUUCAGUGUUCUUCUUGACUUAAAAGGAUCAUAUGCUCUGUAUACAAAAGAGGAGAUGUCAAUGAUGUCUGCAAAUGCAACAAACGAUUUUCAAUUUCAUUUGGAACUUCCUGAGCACGUUCUUGCUGCCACAAAACAAUAUAUUGAUUCUAUCAAUAACGGAGGAGGUGAUAAUAACAGAGGAGCAUGUGAGAAUGUAAUCAUGUUGAUUACCGAUGGAGCUCCGAAUGCAUACAAGAAGAUUUUUGAUAUGUAUAACGCUGAUAAAAAGGUUCGAGUCUUCACAUUUUUAGUCGGUGACGAGGCGAUUGACUUCAAUGAAGUUAGAGAAAUGGCGUGUAAUAACAGAGGAUACAUGGUCCACGUGGCUAAUAUGGCAGAUGUUGAUGAGAAAAUUCAUCAUUACAUCAGAAGAAUGUCACGAGUUGUUGGAAGACAUUAUAAGGAAUCUGGCCAAUUAUCAUGGUGGACAGGAGUGUACCGAGAACGAUUGUAUCUUCCACGUCCUGAAGUGUUUGCCGAGCCCGUUCCAAUCACAAAUCAAUCUUUCGCUGUCAUGAAUAAAAUGGCUUCUCGACGAAAAAUUCGGCUUCAGAAGUCAGAAGCAAGAAGUCGAAUGUUUGUUACAACUGUCUCUUAUCCAGUUAUUGUAAAUGAAACAUUCAUGGGAGUGGCUGCUGUCAACAUUCCAUUGACUGAAAUUGCACAAAAAUCACAUCCAGCAAAUAUUGGAGCGAAAAGUUAUUUCUUUAUGCUUGACCAAAAUGGUUUUGUAAUGACACAUCCACAGCUUCGACCGAUUGAUCCAGUCACGAAAUAUCACAAACAAAACUACAAUAAUAUGGAUUUAUUGGAGCUGGAAGUUGGACAAAAUCAGAAUGUUCGAUCGAGUCAAAAGUCUCAAGCAGUAUCGGAUUUAGUGUGUGAAUCGGGUGCAAACUAUGCAGAAUGUGUUGAUGAUUUGAGGAAAGCAGUUAGAAAAAUGAUAAUUGAUUGUGAUAAUAGUGAUGUUCAACAACUGGAUGUACUGUAUGCAACGGAAUUGUUGGAUCGAGUGUAUCCACAAACAAAUACAUAUUAUGCUGAAUGUAUCAAUCAUGCAAAUUUCGUUCUUGGAUUGGCAGUUGCAAAAGGAGAUGAUUAUAGGAUAAUUAAGAAACAGAAGAAAUAUGAUUUUGGAAGAGUGAAGAUGGAUUGGAUGGGAGAUAAACGAUGGAGAUUACAUCCUCAUUGGAGAUACUGUUUCCUGAACGACACGGAUACCCAUUUGUCCAAAGAAGAAGCAUUUGAAAUAUAUGCUCAACAAAUGUCUGAUUCUGGAAAAGCUCCACUUUUAUGUGAAUAUCGAAGAAAUUUGGUAGAGAAGCUACUACUAGAUAUGGAAGCAACGAGUAAUUUGAUUGAUAGUUGGGAUACUCAAUACACGUAUAUGAAGAAUAAUCUGAUUCAUCUUGCAUUCUUUGCAACUCCAUCUGGAAUGAUUCGAUAUUAUAACUUAACACUCCAGGACUAUGACUACAUUGAUCCAUACUGGAGUAUAUUUGAACAUAUCGGGCAUUUAUUGUCGUUUGAACACGCACAGGAGUCUUAUAAUCACUUCAUAACGGAUCUCAAUCGAAAAUCGACGGAUGAUCGUUAUUAUCGGCGUGCAGUUCGAAUGAAGGACACAAUAAUGUUCGAUGUUUCAAAUAAUUCAAAAAUUUGGUACAAAUCAGAAACUCAAUUAACUGGUUAUGGACUGAAUGAGAAUUUGACAAUGUUGGGACAAGCAUUCAAAGCGAUUUAUUUGGAUAAGGCAGUUUUGGGAGUAUCUGGAUAUGAGUUCGCUUACGAUCACAUUGUUGAUACGAUGGCUGAACAUGGAUGUCCUGCAUCUGAUGAUAGGAAAUGGUGUGUUCUUUUGGAUGAACAUGCAUACGUCUUCUUCAGCAAUCAAAAUGAUAUUUCUUAUGAAGAUUAUUUGAUUGGAAAAGGAAAACACAUCAGUCAAUAUUUUGGAGGGCUUAAUCGAAUAGCUCAGAGAGCGAUGGCUCUUUUAGUUGAGAAUAAGUUCUAUACGAAAUUCACUUACACUGAUAAUCAAGCAGUUUGUAAAGCAGCAAAACAAGUGACAACAUCGGCAAGUCGAUUUAGACCAUUCUAUCCAUUAUUCCAAUUUUUAAUGCAAACAUUCAAUUUCGUGGUUCGAUUGGCAAGCCAAGUAUCUGGAGGAUAUCUUAUUUGGCUUCCAAAUAUUCAAUUCACAGAAGCAUACACGGCUUCAUUCCACGAGGGAACAGAUGUAUAUCCAUGUCCGAAGCAGUCAUCAUUCUACUUUUCGAACAAAGAUGGAAAGAAUAGACCAUCAAGUACGCAUCUUGUCAAUGGAAAUCGUUCAGAGAGACCAUGUAAAAUGAAUGCAAAAUGUUCUGUGAAAAUGGAAGCAUCAUUUGUCGAUGGAACAAAUCUCGUUAUGGUGUGGAUAACACAAGAUAAAGCCAGUGAAAAUUGUUAUGAUGAAUCUGAAUGUUCGAUGGAUAUUCCAAGUGCACAAGUUCCAUUCGGAUUCGAAGAAGUCAAAAAUGAAGAAUCUUGUGAAAAUCUUGAAAAACGAAAAUCAAAAGCAAAUGAUGUUUGUUAUUCGAUCGAUGAUGAUGACUCUGAGAAUGAACGUCGUCCAUGCUCAAUAAGUCAAUCUCUUGUUUUAAUUGCCCCAAUUCUAGUCGGUUUCCUCCAAUUUUACAUGUUCUAA